UUGCUGUAUUUCCUUCACUUUAACUCCCACUCCGACUGUACUGUACCGCACUUGCCUCUUUUCUUCUGCAAUGGCUUGAGCUUCUCAUCUGCUGGCGCCUCUGUGUUUCUUUUACGCCUCCUCCACAUUUCUCUCUCCCUUUUCCUGUUGACUACAGAUCUACCAACUACGCCAUUGUUGUUUCUUCCUGAGGUUCGCUACCUGUAUCCACUUCCUAAAUACCAAAUUUGAAAGAGACCUCUCAACUCUAUUUUUAUUUUCUUCUUAUCUUGCUUCUGCACCUCCUAACCCUCUCCCCAAAACCUAGAUCUACAGCAAUGCAUCUCCUACAUCGCCGAGAUUCCACUCCCGCGUCUAUCAAAUGGCACAACAAGUUUGAGGAGAAUUUGGAGCAAUGGCCACAUCUCAAUGAGCUCGUGCAGUGCUAUUCCACUGACUGGGUAAAGGAUGAAAACAAGUACGGUCACUAUGAGACUAUUGGUCCCGUGUCCUUUCAGAAUCAGAUAUAUGAAGGCCCCGACACUGACAUUGAGACUGAAAUGCGUCUUACUUACGCUAGGCGCAUGAAGCCUGACGAUACUACAGAGGAUGAUGUACCUAGUACCUCUGGACGGCCAGAGACUACAACACAUGAUCCAUUGUCAUCAAAUAUUCCAAAGCAGUUUGAUCAUUCUCCUCUUCCAGCUUAUGAGCCAGCUUUUGAUUGGGAAAAUGAAAGGUCAAUGAUAUUUGGCCAGAGGAUACCAGAAACUCCUGUAACACAUGGCUUGAAGAUUUCUGUGAAAGUUCUAUCCUUAUCCCUUCAAGCGGGGUUGUGUGAGCCAUUUUAUGGUACAAUUUGCUUGUAUAAUAGGGAGAGAAGAGAAAAACUAUCUGAGGAUUUCCAUUUUCGCAUUACUCCUAAAGAAAUGCAGGAUCCUAAAAUAGCAUUCGAACCACGUGGAAUUUUCUAUUUGGAGGCUCCAUCAGCAUCAGUCUGUCUUUUUAUUCAGUUAGAGAAGCAUGCCACAGAAGAAGGAGGGGUUGCCGCUUCUGUGUAUUCACGUAAAGAACCAGUGCAUUUGAGUGAAAGAGAAAAGCAAAAACUGCAAGUGUGGUCUCAAAUCAUGCCUUACAGAGAAUCCUUUGCCUGGGCCAUUGUUGCAUUAUUUGAUAACAGCACUGGUGCAGCAUCUGCUGGAUCUGCUUCCCCGAGUAGUCCUCUUGCUCCCAACAUAACUGGAUCUAGUUCCCAUGAGGGUGUAUUUGAGCCUAGCACAAAGGUCACAGUGGAUGGUAAGCUGGGUUGCUCUAGUGGAAGCUCUGUGGUUGUUGAAAUAUCCAACUUAAAUAAGGUCAAGGAAGGCUACACGGAAGAUGCACUUCAGGAUCCCAAGUACAAGGUUCAUAAACCUGUAAAAGGUGUUCUUAGGCUGGAAAUUGAAAAGCACCAGAUUUCCCAUGCUGACAAUGAAAACAUGUCAGAAAGUGGUAGUGUGAUCAGUGACUCUGUUGAGAUGGAUUCCACAUUUAAGAAGCUUCCUAAUAACGGUUCUGAUAGCCAUCAUCAUAGUGGCAGCUUGAAGUUAAAUUUUUCUGAUGGGAAAGAAUUUUCUGGUAAUGGAUCAUAUCCACAUGGAAAUGCAGAUUCAAGUGCAGAUGAUUUCCAUGCAUUUGACUUCCGCAUUAUGAUGAGGAAUGAGCCGUUCUUGCAGCUCUUUCACUGUCUUUAUGUUUACCCCAUGACUGUUAGUUUGAACCGCAAGAGGAACUUGUUCAUUCGUAUAGAACUUAGAGAGGAUGAUAGUGACCCGCGUAGACAGCCUCUGGAGGCUAUGUAUCCUGUGGAGCUGGGUGCUUCUCUUCAGAAGUGGACUCACACUCAAGUUGCUGUAGCUGCAAGAGUAGCUUGCUACCAUGAUGAGAUUAAACUCUCCCUCCCUGCUACCUGGACACCAAAGCAUCACUUAUUAUUCACUUUCUUCAACAUUGAUAUGCAAGCAAAACUAGAAGCUCCAAUGCCAGUGCCAAUUGGAUAUGCAUCACUCCCCUUAUCAGCACAUGCUCAGUUACGGUCUGAAAUUUCUUUACCAGUAAUCAGAGAGCUUGUUCCGCAUUACCUCCAAGAUACAAACAGGGAGAGGCUAGAUUACUUGGAAGAUGGAAAAAACAUCUUUAAAUUGCGUUUAAGACUGUGUUCCUCCCUGUAUCCCAUUAAUGAACGAAUCAGGGAUUUUUUUCUGGAAUAUGAUAGACACACUCUUCGAACAAGCCCUCCAUGGGGUUCUGAACUUCUGGAGGCUAUUAACAGUUUGAAGAAUGUUGAUUCCACUGCGUUGCUCCAAUUCCUUCAUCCUAUUUUGAAUAUGUUGCUUCAUCUCAUUGGCAAUGGUGGAGAAACCCUCCAGGUUGCGGCGUUUAGAGCAAUGGUUAAUAUUGUUACUAGGGUGCAGCAGGAAUCGGCUGAAGAUGGUGAAAGAAACCACUUCCUGGUUAAUUAUGUCGAUUAUGCUUUUGAUGACUUCGGGGGUCGGCAGCCACCUGUGUACCCUGGUCUGUCCACUGUCUGGGGAAGCUUGGCUAGGAGCAAGGCCAAAGGCUAUCGUGUUGGACCAGUAUAUGAUGAUGUUUUGGCUAUGGCCUGGUUUUUCCUUGAACUAAUUGUCAAAUCAAUGGCACUUGAGAAAACUCGGCUUUUCUAUCAUAGUCUUCCAUUAGGUGAAGAUAUUCCUCCAAUGCAAUUGAAAGAAGGUGUAUUUAGAUGUAUAAUGCAGUUGUAUGAUUGCCUUCUUACUGAAGUACACGAACGUUGCAAGAAGGGAUUAAGCUUGGCUAAACGUUUGAACAGCAGUUUAGCGUUCUUUUGUUAUGAUCUUUUGUCCAUUAUUGAACCUCGCCAAGUAUUUGAUUUGGUUUCCUUGUACCUGGACAAGUUUUCAGGUGUCUGCCAAUCUGUUCUGCAUGACUGCAAGCUUACAUUUUUACAGAUUAUAUGUGAUCAUGACCUCUUUGUGGAAAUGCCCGGAAGAGACCCUUCUGAUAGGAACUACCUUUCAUCUGUAUUAAUACAAGAACUUUUUCUUACUUGGGAUCAUGAUGAUCUACCUCUGCGGGCCAAGGCGGCAAGAAUUUUAGUUGUUCUCUUAUGCAAGCAUGAAUUUGAUGCUCGGUACCAGAAGCCUGAAGAUAAACUAUACAUUGCUCAGCUGUAUUUUCCACUUAUCGGGCAGAUUUUAGAUGAAAUGCCCGUCUUCUAUAACCUAAAUGCCAUAGAGAAGCGUGAAGUUUUGAUUGUGAUUUUGCAAAUUGUGCGCAAUUUAGAUGAUACCUCACUUGUCAAGGCAUGGCAACAAAGCAUUGCUCGAACCAGAUUAUUUUUCAAGCUCAUGGAAGAAUGCCUAAUUCUUUUUGAGCAUAGAAAACCUGCUGAUGGCAUGCUUAUGGGAUCCAGUUCUCGGAGCCCUGCUGCUGUUGGUGAUACCCCUGGUUCCCCUAAGUACUCUGACAGACUAUCUCCUGCAAUCAACAACUACCUAUCUGAGGCAUCAAGACAAGAAUUCAGACCUCAGGGAACACCUGAUAAUGGUUAUCUGUGGCAGAGGGUGAAUUCUCAAUUGAGCUCCCCAAAUCAGCCAUAUUCGUUGAGAGAAGCACUUGCUCAGGCACAAUCUUCUAGGAUUGGUGCAUCGGCCCAGGCACUAAGAGAGUCGCUGCACCCAGUAUUAAGACAAAAAUUAGAACUUUGGGAAGAAAACUUAAGUGCAGCAGUUAGCCUUCAGGUUUUGGAAAUAACAGAGAAGUUUUCCUUGAUGGCAUCUUCUCAUAGCAUUGCCACUGACUACGGGAAACUUGAUUGCAUCACCUCCAUAUUCAUGAGCUUCUUCUCUAAGAAUCAACCUUUGGCAUUCUACAAGGCCUUAUUUCCUGUCUUUAACAGUGUCUUUGAUCUUCAUGGUGCAACUUUAAUGGCGAGAGAAAAUGACCGUUUCUUGAAGCAAGUAACAUUCCAUCUUCUUCGGCUUGCAGUUUUUCGAAAUGAUAGCAUAAGGAAAAGGGCUGUUUCAGGGCUUCAGAUUCUUGUGAGGAGUUCUUUCUGUCACUUUAUGCAGACGGCUAGAUUGAGGGUCAUGCUCAUAAUUACUUUAUCAGAAUUGACGUCUGAUGUGCAAGUAACUCAGAUGAAGGCAAAUGGGACACUUGAAGAGAGUGGUGAAGCACAGCGUCUUCGAAAAUCCUUAGAAGACAUGGCUGAUGAAUCGAAGAGUUCUGAUCUGCUGAAGGAAUGUGGACUUCCUGAGAAUGCUCUUGUAAUAAUUCCAGAAGCUUCUGCUGACAAUAGGUGGUCCUGGUCAGAGUUGAAAUAUCUUUCUGACAGCCUCCUUCUUGCUCUUGAUGCUAGUCUAGAGCAUGCUCUUUUAGCCUCUAUGAUGUCAAUGGAUAGAUAUGCUGCUGCAGAAGGUUUCUAUAAACUUGCAAUGGCAUUCGCCCCUGUGCCUGAUCUUCAUAUUAUGUGGUUAUUGCAUUUAUGCGAUGCACAUCAAGAGAUGCAAUCAUGGGCAGAAGCUGCACAGUGUGCUGUAGCGGUUGCAGCUAUGGUCAUGCAGGCUCUUGUUGCUCGAAAUGAUGGUGUCUGGAGCAGAGAUCAUGUAGCAGCUCUACGUAGAAUAUGCCCUAUGGUCAGCGGUGAGAUCACCUCGGAGGCAUCAGCAGCUGAGGUCGAGGGAUAUGGUGCUUCUAAACUCACUGUCGACUCUGCUGUGAAGUACCUACAGCUCGCAAACAAGCUUUUCUCCCAAGCUGAGUUGUAUCAUUUUUGUGCUAGUAUUCUGGAACUUGUAAUUCCAGUCUAUAAAAGUAGGAGAGCAUAUGGACAACUGGCAAAAAGUCACACUUUACUGACAAAUAUUUACGAAUCAAUCCUUGAGCAGGAGUCGAGCCCAAUUCCGUUUACUGAUGCAACAUAUUAUAGGGUGGGAUUCUAUGGUGAAAGUUUCGGGAAGCUGGAUAGGAAGGAAUACGUUUAUCGUGAGCCCCGUGAUGUGCGGUUAGGUGACAUAAUGGAGAAGCUCAGUCAUGUAUAUGAAUCUAGGAUGGAUGGCAGUCACACACUGCAUAUUAUUCCAGACUCCAGACAAGUGAAAGCGGAGGAGUUGCAGCCGGGAGCUUGCUACCUACAGAUAACGGCAGUUGACCCUGUCAUUGAAGAUGAAGAUCUGGGAAGUAGAAGAGAGAGAAUCAUUUCUCUAUCCACUGGGAGUGUCCGUGCUCGUGUAUUUGACCGUUUCUUAUUUGAUACACCAUUUACCAAAAAUGGAAAGACUCAAGGUGGACUAGAAGACCAGUGGAAGAGGAGGACUGUUCUACAGACCGAGGGCUCCUUCCCGGCAUUGGUAAAUAGACUGUUAGUAACCAAAUCCGAAUCGCUUGAGUUCUCCCCUGUGGAAAAUGCAAUUGGAAUGAUUGAAACUAGAACCGCUGCUCUGCGGAAUGAACUGGAAGAGCCUCGCAGUUCUGAGGGGGAUCAACUUCCACGACUCCAGAGUCUCCAGAGAAUACUCCAAGGCAGUGUUGCAGUUCAAGUUAACAGUGGAGUGUUGAGUGUGUGCACUGCAUUCUUGUCCGGUGAGCCAGCUACGAGGUUGCGGUCGCAGGAGUUACAGCAACUCAUUGCUGCGCUUCUUGAAUUUAUGGCUGUAUGUAAGCGUGCAAUUCGAGUUCAUUUCAGAUUAAUUGGAGAGGAAGACCAGGAGUUCCACACCCAACUGGUGAAUGGAUUUCAGUCCCUCACCGCCGAACUAUCGCAUUAUAUUCCCGCCAUUCUAUCUGAAUUGUAAGCACUGUGUGAAUACCUCUCUUUUUCACUUUUCCUGGGUUUCAUGUAGUAACUAACUCUACAUUCUUGAUCAUAAUUGCUGUGUAGUCUGUCGCAAAAUUGUAUUUCUUCUUGUAUAUAUAUUUUUGUUCAGUAG